UUCAGCUUGUUGCGAAAACGGAUGUGGAUCCUGUAACAGGCCCAUGUCUGAAAACCCAGACAGACGGUCACUUUUCAACAGAAAGUCAGCUUCACUCGGCUCAGUCAAGACAGCAGCAGUAGAGCAAGAUGGAGUGUGAGUGGAAGCCAGACGAGCAAGGACUUCAACAAAUUCUACAGCUGCUGAAAGAGUCCCAGUCGCCAGAUACCUCCACACAGAGAUCGGUCCAGCAAAGACUCGAGCAGCUGAACCAGUAUCCCGAUUUUAACAACUAUUUGAUAUUUGUUCUGACAAAGUUAAAAUCAGAAGAUGAACCGACGCGGUCCCUGAGUGGGCUGAUACUGAAGAACAAUGUGAAAGCUCACUAUCAGAACUUCCCUAAUGGCGUGUCUGAUUUCAUUAAGAGCGAGUGCCUCCAGAACAUCGGAGACUCGUCUCCUCUCAUCCGGGCCACCGUGGGUAUCCUCAUUACCACCAUCGCCUCAAAGGGAGAGCUACAAAACUGGCUGGAGCUUUUACCUAAACUCUGCCUGCUGCUGGAUUCUGAGGACUACAACACAUGUGAGGGAGCGUUUGGAGCCCUGCAGAAGAUCUGUGAGGACUCUGCUGAGAUUUUGGACAGUGACCUCCUGGAUCGUCCUCUCAACAUCAUGAUCCCCAAGUUCUUGCAGUUUUUUAAGCACAACAGUCCUAAGAUUAGGUCUCAUGCCAUUGCCUGCGUGAAUCAGUUCAUCAUCAGCCGGACUCAGGCUCUCAUGCUGCACAUCGACCCUUUCAUUGAGAACCUGUUUGCACUGGCGACAGAUGAGGAACCGGAGGUGAGGAAGAAUGUGUGCAGAGCUUUAGUCAUGCUGCUGGAAGUCCGUCUGGACCGCCUCCUGCCACACAUGCUCAACAUCAUAGAGUACAUGCUACUGAGGACUCAGGACCAAGAUGAAAAUGUCGCCUUGGAGGCCUGUGAGUUCUGGCUUACUCUGGCAGAGCAGCCUGUGUGUAAGGAAGUGCUGUGUGGACACCUCUCUCAGCUCACUCCGGUGCUUGUCAACGGGAUGAAAUACUCCGAGAUUGACAUAAUCCUGCUCAAGGGGGACACCGAGGAAGAUGAGGCUAUUCCCGACAACGAGCAGGACAUCAGGCCGCGCUUCCAUCGCUCCCGCACAGUCGCCCAGCAGCAUGAGGAAGACGGGAUCGAGGAUGACGACGAUGAGGAUGAUGAGCUGGAUGAUGAUGACGAUACCAUCUCUGAUUGGAACCUGCGCAAGUGUUCGGCUGCAGCGCUGGACGUGUUGGCCAACGUGUUCAGGGAGGACCUGCUGCAGCCCAUCCUGCCCCUCCUCAAAGAGCUGCUCUUCCAUCCCGAGUGGGUGGUCAAAGAGUCUGGCAUCCUAGUGCUGGGGGCUAUAGCUGAAGGCUGUAUGCAGGGCAUGAUCCCGUACCUGCCCGAGCUCAUCCCCCAUCUGGUCCAGUGUUUGUCUGACAAGAAGGCCCUGGUGCGGUCUAUUACCUGCUGGACACUGAGCCGCUAUGCCCACUGGGUGGUCAGCCAGCCCCCAGAUACUUACCUGAAACCUCUAAUGACGGAGCUGCUCAAACGCAUUCUCGAUAGCAACAAGCGUGUGCAGGAGGCUGCGUGCAGUGCCUUCGCCACUCUGGAGGAAGAGGCUUGCACAGAGCUGGUUCCCUACCUGGCGUUCAUCCUCGACACCCUGGUGUUCGCUUUCAGCAAGUACCAGCACAAAAACCUGCUCAUUCUUUACGACGCCAUAGGAACCCUCGCAGACUCCGUGGGGCACCAUCUCAAUAAACCGGAAUACAUCCAGAUGUUGAUGCCUCCACUGAUCGCAAAAUGGAACCAGCUGAAAGAUGAAGACAAAGAUCUGUUCCCUUUAUUAGAAUGUCUGUCGUCUGUAGCCACGGCACUGCAGAGCGGCUUCCUGCCCUACUGCGAGCCUGUGUACCAACGCUGUGUCAACCUGGUGCAGAAGACCCUCGCUCAAGCCAUGCUUUAUCAGUCACAGCCGGACCAGUAUGAGGCUCCAGACAAAGACUUCAUGAUCGUGGCUCUGGACCUCCUUAGUGGACUGGCUGAGGGUUUGGGAGGCACCAUAGAGGAGCUGGUUGCUCGGAGCAACAUCCUCACCCUUAUGUACCAGUGCAUGCAGGACAAAAUGCCAGAAGUGCGUCAGAGUUCUUUUGCUCUGCUAGGGGAUUUAACCAAGGCUUGUUUCCAACACGUCAAACCAUGCAUCGCUGAUUUCAUGCCCAUACUGGGUACUAAUUUAAACCCAGAAUUAAUAUCAGUGUGCAACAACGCAACAUGGGCAAUCGGAGAAAUAUCUAUACAAAUGGGCUCUGAAAUGCAGCCGUACAUUGCCAUGGUGCUGCACCAGCUGGUGGAGAUCAUUAACAGGCCCAACACCCCAAAGACCCUGCUGGAGAACACAGCAAUAACAAUUGGUCGUCUUGGUUACGUUUGUCCUCAAGAGGUGGCACCCAUGCUACAGCAGUUUAUAAGACCCUGGUGCACCUCUCUAAGAAAUAUAAGAGACAAUGAGGAGAAAGACUCUGCGUUCAGAGGAAUCUGCACUAUGAUCAGUGUAAAUCCAGGAGGUGUAGUGCAGGACUUUAUAUUCUUCUGUGACGCAGUGGCGUCCUGGGUAAAUCCAAAGGACGAUCUAAGAGACAUGUUCUACAAGAUCCUUCACGGCUUUAAGAACCAGGUGGGCGAGGACAACUGGAGACGCUUCUCAGAUCAGUUCCCCCUGCCACUGAAAGAACGCCUGGCAACCUUUUACGGGGUGUAACCGUUUCCACGGCAGCAUGCCUCAUCACUGGGGUUAUUCACUAUGGGAGACAAUAUAGGGAACCUCUUUUACCCAGGGAACAUUUUACCCUUUACUGGGGGGAAGGGUCUGCCUGCUGAGGGGAGGGAAGGGUGCGGACCCUUCCCCGACCUGAAGGACGGGGUGGGAGGGAGGUGGUAGCUGCAGUGCUCGGUGCCCCCAUGCACAGGCAAGGGGGGGAAGGGACUGCCAAAACAACCUUAUCAUGGGAGGAAAAUUCAUGUUAUCACAUCUCAAUCAGAAAUAUUGAAAUCUAUUACCCUUCUUUUUUUUCAACAAUUAAUACAAUCUUUUUUACUGUUACCUGAACUGCUGAAAAGAAUUGUAAGCAAAACAGGAAGCUCGGUUAAGCAUUUGCUCUUCAAUUUGGGUACAAAAGUGCAGAGCAGAUACACAUUUAUUAUCAUGUCAAGUGAUGGCAUAAGGUCGUUUGAAUGACAUCUCAAUUCUACAAGUUGAGUUGAAGACUGUUCUUUGAAGAAUGGAGAAGGUAUUUUCUCUUAAUACAAGGACAGCUUAAAGCUAAUGAAUAGCAGCUGAUGCUAAUAAAGCAUCAUAUUGGACCCGACUCAUUUGAUUACGCUGCAUAUCACCAAGAAUUAGUUAUCACCCUUAUAGUUAUUAGAUUUUUUAAGUAUUUCUAAUUUUUAUCAGGGCAAAAGCUGUCAAUUAUGGCACUGGAGAGCACAAGGUUUUCUUUAAAAAAGCAGCUUUUCUGGGAAUAGGUAGCAUGCUUUUAUCGUUGUGAAAAGCUGUGGAACAUUAGUGGUGUGUGUUGCGUUUGACAGCUGUCAUUGCCCUGCGAUAAGGUUCUUCUUCAACCUUAUAAUUUAUCUAUUUACAGUACUUUUGUUUGGUUUUCCUCUGCCAGAGAAUUACGGCAAACAGAUGUAAUGUAGCAUGACUGGGUUUACACACCAAAUUUAAGGAAAUGUGUCAAAUCUUGGCUGUGAUGUAGCGUCCGAGUGAAUUUGGUCUUGUGGCGUGAAUGUGACAUGGACAUUCAUCAGAAAAGCUUUAGACGCUUCACAAUCCUUUAUAUUGUCUGAACCUCACGAAGGAGAAACACGGAGGGGACAACACAUCGACCCGAAUCCUGUCUUAGUGGUUUCUUUUGGCUGUCAGAACCACGCAGUCCAUCGAAUGAAUGUUCAAUAUGUUAAUGUACUGACGUUUUCUUCUUGGUUGUUUGGCUUCUUGUGCUCAAAGCAUGAUCUUGAGGAUGACUAUAAUGUUUUGGGUGGUUGUGUUUUGUGGGGUACUUUCAUCUCUUGCAUGUUGGUGGCCCCUCACAGCCCAACAUAAAGUGGGAAGGGGAUAACGGGGAGGGGGAGGGGAGCUUUAAUUACAACAUAGUAACCAUUCAUGUAUUGCAACACUGGGACUUUUAUAACUUCACAUCAAUGUUGCUGGAGUGUUCUCCCUAAACGUUUACCCCAUAGCUGGAUGUAUAGUUUUGAAAUACUGUGAAACUACAACAUGUUAUCGUCUCUGGUUGUUUUGCGCUGUUAUAUUUUAUAAAAGUGUGUAAGUGUUCAGAUAGCCUGAAUGUAUUCCAUGAUGGGUUGGAGAGAUAGUACGAUUUUUUUUAUUUAAUUUUUUUUAUAUGCCCUGCCAGUAAUUUUUCCUCUGCUGGCCAGAGUAGUAACUGCAGUAUUUUAAUCAUUCACGAUGCACAUGACAUGCACUUAAAAUGUAAAUGGCAAGUGCUUGAAAUUUAUGAUGUAGCCGAACCCUUCAGAAUAUGACCUUAGCGUAACGGGAUAAUGAAUUAAGUAUUGCUGCUAAAAUGUAUUUACCUAAUGCAAUAAGUCAUGUAAUGGGGUGAUGCGCUUUUGAAAGUGUCUUCGAUAAACGUUAAAAUUUUAUAACUGAUCUCUUAGAUUUAACAUUAAUAUAAGGUAACACUGAAUACAGGAUAUAAUGCAUCAUGGAAUACAGAGGCAAAUACUUGUAUGUGCCACAUCAUUUUGUGUUUUGAAGUGAUUUUGUUUGUCUCAUUCCAGCUGUUUGGCAUGCAAAAAAAGAGGAGUAAUCAUGGCUUGAUGGGGUGUGCGUGUAUGUGCGUGUGUGUGUGCGCACGGUCCUGGUAUUCUGUCAUUGAGAGAGUGUAGGUCUUUAAAACACAUGCAGAACCAUUACUGUGCUGUAUUUCUGACUUGACUGCUGCUAUACAUUGUAGUUGUGUUUCACUACUUGAAUAUGUGUUUUCUAUGUGUUAACCUCAGGUUGUCUGUGUCCAGUGUUAUUUGUUAUCAUUUCCCCCAUGUGUACGCCUUCAUGCAUCUCCUCUCAACAACUAAAGAUUAGUAAAUAUCUCGCCCUUCAUAUUAAAGAUGGGUAAACAAGCGUGUUAAUUGACAUUAAUCGUAUAUGUGUGCAACACUGCUAGCUGUCAAAUGUGAUUACAGCUGCAAAGCAGGGGGAAGAAUAAAAUGGUUACAUACUUCAUGUACUUUUGUCAGAAGUGAUUGUUAUAAGACUAUGGUAAAUAUUUAGUGUAAUGUGUACACAAUGCCUUGAGAGCAAAUAUGUUGAGGUUUUGUUGGUGUUUGCAUUAGAUAAACUGUAUCUAAAGGAAGCAGUAACACCUCAUUUAAAAGAAAAGAAAUAGGUUGACAACUCAUAAAGAUAAUGUUAUAAGCAUAAUUUGCAAACAUCAGUUCGACUUUCUAUGAAGCUUUACUGAAAAUUUGUAUUUUAUAAAAGCGCCCACCAAUAUUAAGGAAUGUCUGGUCAAAGAACUCCUGUAUUUUUAUUUAGCCUUUGAACUUGAUUAGACUAUCUGCCUUCAUCCUUUUUUUGCUAAUAAAAGCAAACACUUGAUUUUGAUAGACAUGAUUUGAAUUUUCUUUUUUUGAAUAAGCUGCUGACAUUUUAAAAAAGUAAUACUUUUGGGGCCACCAAAUAUUUUGGAUCAUGCAAAGAAUCUAUAUUGUACUGUAGUAAUUUUGUAAUAUUUGUAAGAUGAUAUAGUGGAUGUGACUGGUUACCAUUGCUUGAAUCUGUACAUUGUUCCAAUAAAUUGUUUACAUUA